AUGUAUAUUCGCGCGCUCCGACAGGCAGUAGCUUCCACUUCGAUGUACAUGUCAAACUCAUCCCGACUUGCCUCUUCUUCGUACGUGACGAAGUACUGGUCUUGGGGUGCGUCGAAUGACUAUCUCAGCCGUUUUUAUGCGCUUUGCUCUGAUUUCUUUGGUGGCCCCAGCUCGGGUAUGCCAGCGAUCGCAGCAGCAGGUGCCCCAGUGUUCGAGGCAGCUGAGCAUGAGUCAGCUGCGUCCCCUCUUGAUUGGGAUGGUCUUUUUCGAGCAGCGCCAAAGAAAAAGGUGUCCCACUCUCGGAAAGCUAUGAGAGCUGCAAACAAAGGUCUGAAGGAUCGUGUUGAUAUCGUGCACUGCGAGGCAUGUUCACGCCCAAAAUUGCAGCACCAUUUGUGUGAACAUUGUUAUGGCGACUUUGCUCGUAACUUGAAACGGAUGAACAAAGCAUCCGGUGCAUAG